GAUGCUUUGUGAAAAAAGAAUUGCCUUCCUGCAGACUCUUAAGGCUAAUCUGAAAACCAAAAAGCUGAAUUUGGCAGAUAUGUUUCUACGGCCAGAAAACCUGCAGCCAAGAAGAGAGGCCAGGGAUUUUUUUCCAUUGGUUUAGAUCCACAGAAGACAAGAAUUCUUUCCUCCAACAAAACACCAUGCACCCCAAAGCCCCCAGGUGCCAAACAGCACAAAUGGGGACAGAAUCCAAAUGUUUAUUGAAUAAACAGCCAAACUUGUAUUUCUUUACACACUAUAUGUUAACUUCUUUACAAAGGGUAUAUAAAACUAGAUGUACAAGAUCAUAUUCUAGAUAGCUAAAGGUGUGACAAGUGGAGUGCCAGUUAUUUUGCCAUAAAACUUUUUCAAUUGUUUGAAAGGAAAUAUACAUUCCAAGCUCCCAAGUCAGCAUUUCCAUUAUUAAUACCAUUAUUACUGUAGGAAAUCCGCCUUCCUUAGCUGAGGGGCAUCUCAGCGUCGCUACCCGCACACAGCUAGCUCAGCUCAGCUCCGUACCCGGCCCCCACGACCGUCCGCGCAAGGUCCCCACUCGGAUGGGCCCCCUGCGGUCGUCUUGCCCCCAGCGGGAGGCAGUGCUGCAGCGAAGGCUCCUCUGCUCCCCCUCCUGGAGCUCUGAUGUUCCGCUCCUGCGUUCCUCGCGAAGUUACGGCCCCGUGUGCUCCAAGGCGAGGACUAGGCGCUGCACGAUGGAUUUUGCAGAUGGAGGCAGGAAGUGCGGGGAGGCAGUGCACAUCGCCUGGCUGUCCGGAGGGUAGCCCCAGUGCGACAGAUACAGCCGUACCGACUCCUUCCUCCCCCGCUCCCACCCCACCUCGCUGGGGAAGAUCGGAAGGCCCCCUGGUCCACACCAAAGGAUCUUGCCCCGCAGUCUCGCCCCCGUACGCAUGGAAGAAACCUGCCGCCCCCAGUCUCCAUGGGACACAGCCCGGGCUGCUCUCUCCAUCCAUCAUGCUGCACUUGCUUAGCACAAGGAAUGCCUUAUCCACCUAGUCCUGCCUGGCAAAACAGUACGAGAGCAAACCCUGGUAGCUGGCAACACGGACUUACUGCACUCUGCCUAAAUUGCAUCUGACAUUAUUAAUCACGCAAUUAAAUAAGGAUUUUAAAAAAGAGAGGGAAAAAAAAUAGUUGGAUGGCUGCUCUGAAGGCAGUUUUCACGGAUUUGGGAGCAAGUACAUCGUUUGCCCCAGAAAGGGAAAAGCUGUGUUGAGGAAGGAAUGCUAGCAGCGUAAAAGCGACCACAAAGGAGUGGGCGCGUGUGCUUGCAGCUCAGCACAUCCAUCACACCGGCCGCGGCCGCACCACGCCGUCUCCCACCUUCCAUGCGCCUUCAGAUAGCCGCCCGCAGCGCUCAGAUCCCCGAGUUUCUGGGAAACACAUUUAGCCCUAAUUUUUGUGACAGAUGGAGUUGAUAGUCUGAGGAUGGAAAAAAAGCGCCAGUUUUGACAGGCAGCAGAUUCCGCUGCCCCUGGCGGUCGGAGACGAUCGUGCUCUGAAAUUAAGGUAGCACAAAUUUGAAAGGCAUAAACGCGGCACUGUUUGUUUUGUUUUGCUCCUCUCGUUGCACCUGGAUGUGUGCACUGCCAUAUCUAGUUCCUUAAAAGCAAAUUAAAAGUACGGAGAGUACAACAGGUGGGCAGGGUGGUAUUCUUUCAGUGAAAACUUCCUCAUCCUCUUAGCUAACGGGUUUAAAACCAGAUUUUAUUAGAGGGCAGACCUUCACGAAGUAUCAAAGAACUACAAUGAUCCUCGCAGCACUUCCGCUGGUCAGCAUCCUACGUCCACGCACAACCACCGCAGGCAAUAAGCUGAGUUGAGUGCGUGUACCCUCGGCAGGGUGUAUUAAGUGGCAGCGCUGAGGACGCAGCAAUCCGUAGUACUUACAUGUUGCAGCACCCCGCUACCGGCACGUCGGCACGGAGCACGGACAAAGCCACUCUCCGGAGCCCGGAGAACCCGCCUUGCCUCCACGUGAGCUGGAGAGAACGGAGCCUCCGCUCCGUUCGGGGACGUGCCUUCGCCCCGUGGCUGAGCGGGGCCGCGCCGCCUUAACGGGAGGAGGGGCUCCUCGGGGGGGCUGUCAUUCUCCUUAAGCCUUUCCUUUCAAGCUUUGUAUGUGAGCUGCCCUCCAGCCCCCCUUUUCGCUUCCCUCACUCCAGCAGAUCGUAAAGAGAGGAGGGAGGGGAAAAAAAAAAAAAAAAAAAAAAAAAAAAAAAAAAAGAAGAAAAAAAAAGUUUCAACAACAGGCUGGGCCAAUGGCCUAAUCAGAGCACGUUGCCGCUGCUUGGAAGGCACUUUUGUAUUUAAAGCCUUGCAAAGAAAAAAAGAUCCACAGACGGAUCCGCAGAACAGCUUGCAGGGCUUGUUGACAAGAGCAGCAGCAUCAGUCGCCCAGAGAGAAAGAGACCUCGAAGCCUGCCUUCCUGCCUUCCCCGCGCUGCCUUCGCGCUAACUGGGAGAGACAUUUCUUCUCUCUGCUGCCCGAAGUGCGACCCGAGCCCAAAGGAGCGAGCGGAGCCGGCACCGCCUGCGGGAUCGGAGCGGCUGGCAUGUGCAGAGAUGCUGCGAGCGGAGAGUUAAGAGCUCUCGAGAAGGCAGGGGCAGCAGCCGGGCAUUUAUUUUGUGCAAAAAAAAGAAAAAAAGAAAAGCGAAAGAGGCACGGAACUGCAUGAGGAUCGGGUCAGCACCAUGAGUACUCCCGACGCCGCCUUCAAGUCCCCAAGCGCACUCCGAAGCCGCGCUCCUCCGCGUCCCGCUCUGCGCUGAGCUCCACGCCGCCGCGGAGCCGCCGAGCCGUACCAGACCGAGCCGGGAGCAGCGCCGGAGGUCUCGGGGCGGCCCCGGGGCGACGCUUCGCACCGCGGCUCCGCCGAUUCCAGCAACAGGGGGGCCGCAGCCCGCGCGGAUGGAUUGAUGCGAGGAGACCUCAUGCGCACGGCCGGUGGGAGUUCUGCAAACUUUCCCAGAGGCGGCAGCUCCUUCUCUUCCUCCUCCUCCUCGCGCGGCUGCACCUCUCCUCCGCGAGCCCGCGGCAGCAGCAACCACCACCGCACGCGAUGCCGGCCCGCCCGCCCGCCUGGCUGUGGCUGGCGGCGGCGCUGGGCGCCUUGUGGCCGCCCCGGAGCUCUCCGGUGCAGGGCCGGCGGCUGAUCUGCUGGCAGGCGGUGCUGCAGUGUCAGGGGGAGCCCGAGUGCAGCUACGCUUACAACCAGUACGCCGAGGCGUGCGCCCCGGUGCUCCUGCAGCAGCAGCCGGCGGCGGGCGGCGGAGACGGGCCGGCGGCAGCCGCGGCCUCGGCCGCCUCCCGGCGGCGGUGCCCCAGCCACUGCAUCGCGGCCCUCAUCCAGCUCAACCACACCCGGCGCGGCCCGGCGCUGGAGGACUGCGACUGCGCUCAGGACGAGAACUGCCGCGCUACCAAGCGCGCCAUCGAGCCCUGCCUGCCCCGCACCAGCAGCCCCGCGGCCGGCGGCGCGGGGGGCGGCGGGCCCGGCGGCGGCGCGGGGGGCGGCCCCGGCGUGAUGGGCUGCACGGAGGCGCGGCGGCGCUGCGACUGGGACAGCCGCUGCAGCCAGGCGCUCAACCGCUACAUGGCCUACUGCGGAAAGCUGUUCAACGGGCUGCGCUGCACGCCCGAGUGCCGCGCUGUCAUCGAGGACAUGCUGGCCGUGCCCAAGGCCGUGCUGCUCAACGACUGCGUCUGCGACGGGCUGGAGCGGCCCAUCUGCGAGUCGGUCAAGGAGAACAUGGCCCGCCUCUGCUUCGGGGCCGACAUGGGCAGCAACGGCGCAGGCAGCAGCGGAGGCUCGGACGGCGGCCUGGAGGAGUAUUACGACGAGGACUACGAGGAGGAGCCGAGCCAGAAGGGGAGGGACGAGACGGAGGACAAUGCGGGCCCGGAGCCCGGCUUCCCCAUGCAGACAGAUGGUGCCGGCCGGGCCUCCAGCGCGGCCUGGGCGCUGCCGGCCUCCAUCUUGCUGCUGCUGCUACCGCCGCUCUAGCCGCCGGCCCCGGCCCCGGCCCCGGCUCGGCGGGGCUCCUCCGCUUCCAGACGAGCGGACAGUUACUCCCGCCGUUAUCCGGGCGCCUCCCCCGUGUGUCUGUCCCCGUGUGCACUAUGCAAUGCGUCCCGGCCGCCUGGCGCUGCGGCCCGCGGUGAGGAGAGGGGGAAGGAAGGACUGUGAGCCGGCUCCCCGCCGCCUCGGAGGGAGGGAGAGGAAGCGAGGGUAUGGCCGUGUGUCUGUAGCGAUUUGACAUGAAGGUUAGGAAUAGUGAGCUGCCCAAAUUGCUGCCAAAGCUAUUGCCCAGCAACUUGACUGUCACUCGGUGCCGCUGUGCCCGGUACCGCGCUGCAUCUGCCGCUCACUGAGCUUCACCGGCUGGGUGAGGUUAGGUGGCUGGCAGCACUGCCUCUCCCCCUAACGCAGCUGGCCGGCAGCCGCGUCUCCUAACCUAGCGGCACAUAAAAAUGAUUCUUUUCAAAGAGAGUUGUUGGCUGUCGCAAACAAUGCAACUUGUCUUCCAAAAGAGCUCUGCACUGCCAUCUUCGAAAGACACUUUUAAACUCAGAACGUGUAUGUUCACAUAUCCUGAAAAGCUAUAUUGCCUCUUGUCGUAUCAGGGUGCUGACCUCUGGUAAAUCUUUAUAUAGAGAUGUAUUUAAAACUGGGAUUUGUUACCAGUCACUCUUCUUUGUUUAUACAAUUUUAUAAAUUGUAUGCUUUUGGGGAUAAUUUAUUUAAGAAAAAAAAAAUAAUAAAAGUUUUAAAUCCACAUCCUAUUUGCCAUGUAAACACAUGUGCUAUUCUUUUCUGGAAAGGUAAAGACUUUGUUUUACACGUAAAGGGAUACCAGCAGCAACGAUUCACUGAUGUAUUCUCUAGAAUGCCGAAUGUACAGUGUAUUUUAUAGAUUUGGAGUUAACAUUCUUAUUUGGAGAGACUUUAUGAACAUUGUAGAAUUGUAUGAAUGCAUUUCCAAGCUGCCUUAAACCUAGUAUUUUUUAUAGAAGACGUAACAAAGGCCUGUGUUUCAAAUAUGUAUGGCUUUUUGUAUUUUCUAAAUGUUUAAAUUAGUAAAGAAAGAGCUUUACAUAAUGGAUGUGAUGGAUGUGGUGAAAUUGUUUUCCAGGGACACUUACUUGAACUCUCAGCACCCGAGGUUGGAGGGGGGGGGGGGAGCCAACCGCAGAACAACAAACCAAAAACAACCAACAAGCAAAAAUCUCUGCCUGUCUGUAAUACUUUACAUAGAUGUAAAUUACUGCUAUUCUUACGCUAAUGAAUAAUUACAUGCAAGAAGUAAAUACGGCUUUGAAAAUACUA